UUCACUCUUACAGUAGCUUACUGGGAAAUCUAGUAAUUCCAUCAUUCAACAUGUUGUUCUACCUUGCAGCCUUAUUCACGGUGGCUUUGGCCCGAAAUGUCGAUUUGCCGUACAUUGCAUUACAUAAUCCCGAUCUAUUCCAAGGUGACAUCAUCGGUGUCGAAGAUAACGAUGUGAGAAAUGCCAUUCCAAAUCUAAGUGCAAGAUGGCCAAAUGGAGUUGUACCUUACAUCGUCGACUAUUCUCUGAUGGCUCAGUCACAUUUGAUCAGUCAAGCCAUGCAGCAUAUAAUGAGUGUAACCGGUAGUGCCCUUAAAUUCGUCAAGAGGACACACGAAUCCAAUUAUAUUAGAAUGUUUGCUGGAGAUGGUUGUUACUCUCACGUUGGACGUACCGGAGGUGCUCAACCUCUAUCACUCGGCAAAGGUUGCCAUUUCGUAGGAACAAUUAUUCACGAAUUACUUCAUGCCUGCGGUUUCUAUCACGAACAGAAUCGAUCUGAUAGAGAUCAAUACCUGGUUAUUCACUGGAAUAAUAUACAACAAGGAAUGGAAUCCCAGUUUGCUCUUCUUCAACCACACCAGAACAAAAUCUUUAACGCUUUCGACUACAAUUCUAUUAUGAUUUAUGGAGAAUUCGCAUUCUCUAAGGUUCCUAACCGUCUUCCGACCAUGCAAGAUAAAACAGGCAGGCAUCGUCUUACAGAACCUUAUAGUAAGAGUGGCAUGACCAGUAGCGAUGUGGAACGUAUCAAGAAAUUGUACGCCUAAUAAAAACGACGUAUUUCAAAAAUGACACAAUAAAAUUACUUUAGAAAUUUU